UGCUCACUACAUAUCUUUGAAAGUAAAGAUAAGCAACCGGUAACGUCAUUAAUAUCAGAGGUCUAUACUAUAUAAUUGACGCUGAAAAGCCUCUGGAGGUGAUCAUUGCAAGCGCCAUAUAUUUGAAAUCAAGGAGUACUAUAUUGGUUCUGUCGAACACUUCGCGACCCUUAAAACAUAAAGAUAUCAGGACCAUCAUGACUACUACGGGAUGGAAACAAUUGAAUGACAAGGAUGGCAACUUCCAGCGUCCUGCAACCGUUCUCCGUAACUUCAUCUCCAAAGAGCCAGGGUCCAAGUUUCCGCCCGAAAAGGGAAGAUACCAUCUCUACGUCAGCUAUGCUUGUCCAUGGGCGCACGAAACCCUCAUCGCCCGUAAGCUGAAGGGUCUGGAAGAUGUCAUCUCGUUCUCUGUUGUACAUUGGCACCUCGAUCUCGAGACAGGAUGGCGCUUUCCCACUUCCUCGGAAGCCGAAGUCGAUGGCGACAACGUGGUGCCAGAUCCUCUGCACGAGGGUUUUACCCUCUUGCGCCAGAUUUACUUUGAGACCGAUCCCAAUUACUCCGCAAGAUUCUCCGUGCCUGUCUUGUACGACAACAUCCAAAAAGUCAUUGUGAACAAUGAAAGCAGCGACAUACUUCGGAUGCUCGGAGCAGAGUUUGACGACAUUAUUGAUGAGAAGUACCGCAACGUCUCGCUAUACCCCGAGACGCUCCAAGACCAGAUCGAUGACGCUCAUGCGUGGCAGUAUGAUCAAAUCAAUAACGGGGUGUACAAGUGUGGGUUUGCGGUCACCCAAGAUGCAUAUGAACAUGCUGUGACGUCUGUGUUUGACGGAUUGGAUCGGGCUGAAGCUCAUCUGGCGUCUCCCAAGCCCUCCGAUGGUCCGUACUGGUUUGGAAAGGAGAUUACAGAAGUCGACAUACGGUUAUUCGUUACACUUAUUCGAUUUGACCCGAUCUACAUGUUCCAUUUCGAAUGCAACAUUCGAGACAUACGCUCCGGUUAUCCCCGCCUUCCCAACUGGCUCCGCAACCUGUACUGGAACGUGCCGGCGUUCAAAGACACGACCAACUUCAUUCACAUCAAGAAAGGCUACACCAAGAGCCAAACCAACGUCAAUCCACUUGCAAUCACGGCGAUGGGGCCGUUGCCACACAUCCUAUCGCUGGAAGAUGAAGUCCCCGCUGUUCGUAUCUCAAAAUAGAGCGAGAUGGCCAGACGGGCUUUGGUAACGAAACUUUUUUUUAUUGAGCAACUAUGAGUACUGCGCUGCAAUAAAAUUUCCCUAUUUUUGUUCAGUCAGAGAGAAUUGUCAGGAUUUUCAUUUAGCCCCAGACCUGCGCCUGAGUGCUUCCAAGUCGUGGCCCAAGUAUUACGCAUCGGAUGCUCACUCCUUCAUGAUCCUACCCCCUUAAGCCAUCACGACCAUAUGCACUUGUCGAAAAAGACAACGUCAACUGCGGACAGCAGUUAACGCCUUAUAUCUUAUGACAACACUAUCUGCGUAUCGUUGGCAAGCUGUAAUUAGGUUAGCUUUGU